AUGGCCUUCACGAAACCCGUCUUCGAGGCUACAGCCGAGACUGAUAGCGGAAGCGACGCCGAGCUCAACAAUGCGCCAAAAGUCCCAGCACAGUUUGCAGACGAGAGUUUCAAGCUCUUCUCCAAGAUCGACGUUACCGAUCCAACGCCUGAAGAAGCGAUUCGAAUCCGUAACAAAUGUCUUUGGCGCAUCCUUCCCUUCCUCUGCGUUGGGUACCACCUUAUGUAUGUGGAUAAGCAGACAUUAGGAAGUUCUGCAAUCUUAGGUAUCAUGGAUGACGCGCAUCUCAACUCGAACCAGUACAACUGGCUUUCCUCGAUCUUCUACUUCGGUUACCUGCUCGCGGAAUGGCCGCAAAACUGGGCACUACAGAAAUUCCCUGUCGGCAAGUGGCUUGCUGCUAACUUGAUAAUUUGGGGCUCAAUCAUCCUGCUACACAUUCCCUGCAACAGCUUUGCCAGCCUGUUCGUUGUCCGCUUCUUCCUCGGCUUGGCAGAAGCGUGCAUCGUCCCGGCAUUCCUCCUAACCAUGUCCAUGUUCUUUACUUAUGGCGAACAGGCGGUCAUGAUGCCGAUCAUGUGGUCCAUCGGUAACGCAAGCCCCAUCACAUCCGGUCUACUGUCAUACGGUGUUCUGUGGAUUGACACGGGAAGCUUCUCGCCGUGGAAGUGGUUUAUGGUCAUUACGGGCGUGGUCACCAUCAUCUUCGGUGUCGUCGUUGGAAUAUUUUUCCCAGAUAGCCCCGUCAAGGCAAGCUACUUGACCUAUGAAGAGCGCGCCAAGGCCAUUCUCAGAAUCAAAGAGAACCAUUCUGGAAUUGAGCAGAAGACAUUCAAGAGAUACCAAUUCAUUGAAGCAAUCUCCGACCCGAAAACAUGGCUCUUCUUUCUCCACGCCUGGUCACAGGAGAUGGCCAAUGGAAUAACCAACCAGUAUUCGCUCAUCAUCAACUCGUUUGGCUUCACGGUCCUCCAAACGACACUCCUUGGUUGUGUCAGUGGUGCGGUCUCAUUCGUCUCACUCGCUUCGGCAGCGAUCGCUCUUUAUCACACAAAGAACGCUCGCGCCUGGAUCUCCCUAAUCGCAUACAUCCCCGCCGCCCUGUCCAGCAUCCUUCUUUUAGCCCUGCCCUGGUCGAAUCGGUGGGGCCUCAUCUCCGGAAUUUGGAUCCGCUCCACCGCGGGAAUUCCCUAUGCAGUCGUCAUGAUUUGGGCGGCGAAUGCGUCGGCAGGCCACACCAAAAAGACCACGGUCAUUGCGCUGUACCAUGUUGGGUAUGGGCUGGGGAAUAUCAUCUCGCCGCAGUUGUUUCGGCCGGAGUGGAAGCCCCGGUAUCGCCCUACAUGGAUUAUCAUCCUAGUGGUCGCCGCGAUCCUCCCCUCAAUCAUCAUCGUCAUCUUGCGGGUGUAUCUAAGUAGGGAAAACAAACGCCGCGACAAGCUUGCCGAGCAAAACCAAGUCACUACCAACGGAAUCGUCGAGACGGUGGAUGCAGAUGGCACCAAAGUAACACGGGUGGUGGAUACUACGCAGAUGGAUCUGACUGAUCGGGAGAAUCUGAACUUCCGGUAUGUGCUCUAG